UCAUGUAGCUUAGGCCACUCCAAGUGACACUCUGGUUUCUGGUCCACCGCCCGCAUCAAUAUUUUUCUGGCUAAAUUUACCUCAUUAUUUCUAUUGCGCAUGCGCAUAAUUAAUUAAUCUCCACAUGGUCAGCUGUCAAUGUUGGAUCUGUUCAGAGAUCUGUUCAAGUGACUGUACUGUAAGUAUCUUCUUUGUUUCAUUGAAAUAUUAUCUUAAGGACACUAUUAAAGUAUAGUUAAAUGCCUGUUUGUUCAAUAAGCCUAUUAAAUUAACACAUUUCUAUAUAAUUAUCACUCUGGUACAAUUAUCACUCUGGUACAAGUUCAAGCUAGUUGUAUGAGACAUACCCCCACCCCUGCCCCCUGUAUUCUCAUUCUGUUAGUAUACUAUUUACAGAUCAGUAUUGAAAUAUAAUUUUCUCUACAGAGAUGUCUGCCAUGAUAAAUUGUUGUGUGUACAAUCGGUCGGUAAACAAAACUUUACUUCCUUGGAGAAUUAUUUCAAUCGAUGAACCAGGUAUAAGCGUUGAACAAUACUUUGAACAAAGAGUUUUUAAAGAAAUUGCAGAUUCACCCCAGGAGCUUCAAAUAGAUUCAGCAUUUCUUGGAAAAGGAAAAGAUUCUUUGGAUAGAAUCGAACUAUCACUGGUACUGGAAAGAGCUGCUGCUGUUUUUGGUCCCUUCCUGAAGUAUCAUGUCAGUGUACUAGAACGAUCUCUGCCUGCUACUCAUACAACAGAUGCUUUCGCUAUGAUGAUGCGUAGUUCCCAGUUGCUCUCUCAGCCUGGGCUACCUCCUAGUGUCCCAGAGCGCACCAACAAAGAUAAGCUUUAUAAUGAUGUUUUGAAGCUCUUUAAGGAUGAGGAUGUUGCUUUUCCUGGCUCUGAAAUCCAGUCGGGUGGACACAGAUUUAUGGUUGCUAUUGUUGAUUGCCUGUGGUAUUUAGAUGGUCACCAUUCUGCCUUGGAGAAGCAAUCUUGUACAAUUCCUAGCCUAUUUACUCGUUUCAAUGGCUACAAUACUCCUGAAGUUUCGAAACACAGAAAGAGAAGUAUCUCAAGUCUUUCUGGCAUCACCCUUGAGACCCUGGCAUCCACGUUGUUUCACAACUUGCAAAAAUCCUUUUGGUCAUCUGAGCGAUUGAAGUCUCUGCAUAUGAACACUGAAUCGUUAGCCAGAAGCAUUGCAUCUUAUUCUGACUACCUCUCCUCACAACGAAAGAAGAUGAGCACGUUGCACAAAUCGCCAUUGCCUGUACGACAUAUUUCAGAUUCUAUGUCUGUGAAGUUUGUUAAAGCAUCAACUGGACUAUUUCCCUGUGAUAAAAGAUUAGAAUGGUUGUGUUUGUGUUUGCAAGAGAAAUUGGAGUACGAAUUUUUGUCUCUCUGUGAAUUCGUUCCUGAAACCGCAAGAGAACGUUACGACUACGUAAAAGUCCUUGAGAGAAAUGGGCUUCCAUAUCCGAUCAUGUUUUUGACACACUCAUCGGGAAACAAUAUAGGCAAUUUGCACUUUGUAUGGAAGCUACCAACUGCUAAGUCUAUUGAAUCAACUUUUGAAGAGAGUGUUACAACUAUUGAGGCCAUUAAGCUUAUUCUUCCGCAAUACCAUACUCGUGCUAUGCGCCGUGAAGUAUUUGCCAAGUUUGGUCGGAUUUCAUCCAAAGUGAAACCAGCUGCUUUGCGCUUUCUCUACCGGGAAUUGACUGCAGACUGUGCCGCUUCUCAUGACACACCAGAAGCAAUUAUUGAUGAGCGUGUACGUUCAAUCAUUUUGAUGGAACCAGAAGACCCUCACACUGUUGUUGAUUUACGAGAAGUGAAGUCGCAGGAAACAAAGACCAAGUACGAUGUAUUUUGGGAUGAGGCAAAGAAAUAUAUCAACGAAGAUAUCGGUGUGGCGGUUGAUGACCGAAGACAUGGUGACGUAACCCACAUGGCUAAAGCUAUAUCUGUUAGAGAUCUACGUGAUCAAGUCACCAGCAAAUGCCCACCAGGUACGAUGAUCCCCUCUGAGGAAUGGCUAAGGCUCCAGUUCUGGCCUAAGACAAAGGCAGCUAAAGUUGCAAUGCAAUACACUGGAAGGCUAAACAUCCGAUAUAUGGUUCAAAAAAGGCAAUUUCGAAAGACUCAUGCCGAUGAACACUAUGCUGCUGCUCUGUAUCGAUACAUGCGAGAGUAUGCUGUCCAGCUGUUGGAAUACUGCAAUAUGAUAUCGAUUGACGAUAAACACAGGCUGAAGGUUGGCGAACCAGGAUUUCCUGUUGCUGCCGCAGAAAGAGGUAGACGUGUUAUAGUUCGUUCUGGCACAACAUUCAAAGUUGGAGACCAUGAUUUCACCAAGUUCUCUAUUAUCCCAUCUGUAGUGCUCCUUAUUGACAUACCAGAGACCAUUGAAGACUCGUGGUAUCGUGGCCAAGUUGCAGUUGGCUUCAAAGAUGCAGCGUUUGAAAGCUCUUCACCGAUACGACAUGCUACUGAAUUGUCUUCCAUUCUAAAGAGCAAAGAAGAGUACCAGAAACCAGUUUUGUUUGUGUACAGCGAUGGCGGACCAGACCAUCGAAUAACGUAUGUCUCCGUUCAGCUUUCUUUAAUAUGCUUAUUUCUAAGUCUCGAUUUGGAUUUCCUUUGUGCUGUGAGAACUGCUCCAUCGCACUCAUGGCGAAAUCCUGUGGAGAGGGUCAUGUCAACUCUGAACUUAGGACUGCAAUGUGUUGGGCUUAUGCGAGAGAAAGGAGACGAUGAAUUUGAGAAGGAAGCUGCCAAAUGCAAUAGUCUCACUUCUUUGCGGGAAACUGCCAAGAAAGACCCAAACUUUAAGUCAGCUGCUAUAGACAGCUUGUCUCAUGUAAAGUCGCUUCUUGUUCAAGUGCUACGCAGACUGAAACUGAAAGACAAGACCUUUACUCCAUUUUUUCCUGCUUCUGAAAUUGAUACUGACACUCUCUGGAAUGAAGCUAUACGUGUGGAUUCAACCCUCAACAGAGAAGAGUCCAUAACAACCAAAAAGCUACCUGGAAAGAAAGACCUGAACGCUUUUCUACAGCAUUGCUGUACUCGAAGACAUUACUCCUUUCAAAUAAAGAAAUGUGGUUCCGAUAGCUGUACUAUUUGUCGACCUCCAAGGCUUCCUAAGCAAGUGUUCAAUAGUCUCAGUGUACUACCUGACCCUGUUCCAACUGAAGACGGCCACUACAAGUCAUUUGAGGAGUUACUUGGUACACCCACUGAUGGUAGCUUCAGACCCUCUCUUCAAAAAGUAAAGAAGACACUGCCUUUUUCAGCCAGCAUUCAACACGUUAAGAACGUUGAUAUGAUGUUGCAAUGUGAAGAAUGUUCAAUGUGGAGGCUGCUUUACAGUCGGUGUAAGCUAACACGUCAAGAAAAAGUCGAUCUUAAUGAUGCUGUAGAAGACCUGGUAUUUACAUGCGGAGCACCAAUACAAGACCUUCAUCUGCCUGGUCGCCUAAAUGAUGUGUAUACAAGACAAAUACAUUGUGAAGAGCCAAUCGAAAAACUGUACUAUACAGCCAAGUAUACUCCUAUUUGUAUAUACUGUGCCCAAAAUGUGGACGAUGUGCCAGCAGACCAGUACCCUCAGUGUUGUUUGUGCAAAGACAAACCAAUAAUCAGAAAGUAAUUUUAUAUGUUUUCAGUGUAAUUAUAAUUUUAUUCAUGAGACAUUUUUGUGGUUAUUGUAUAAUGAGAUUCAUAAAAAUAAUGUUUUUGA